GUGUGAACAGCAGCUGGAGCAGGAGGAGCAAGCUCUGCAGCAGCAGCGGCGCAGGCUCUAUGCUGAGGUGGCUGAGGAGAAGGAGAGGCUCAGCCAGCAAGCAGCCAGGCAGCGGGCAGAGGUGGAGGAGCUGCGGCGGCAGCUGGAGGCCAGCAGCUCAGCCCUCACCCGGGCACUGCGGGAGGAGUACUCCAAGGAGAAGGAGGAGCAGGAGAGGCGCCACCAGGCAGAACUGAAAGUGUUGAAGGACCAGCUGGAGAUGGAGAAGCAAGCCUGGGAGGCCAACUAUGUGAAGAAGGAGGAAGCCUGGCUGCUCUCCCGUGAGCGGGAGCUGCGGGAAGAGAUGAGGAAGGAGAGGGACAAAGAGAUUGAGCUGGUGAUCCAGCGCCUGGAGGCUGACACGUCCUCAGCCAAGGAGGAGUGUGAGAGGGCAGCAGAGAACAGGAUCAAGAGGAUCCGAGACAAGUACGAGGUGGAGCUGCAGGAGCUGGAGAGGUCGGAGCGGAAGCUGCAGGAGCGCUGCAGUGAGCUGAAGGGGCGCCUGGCCGAGCUGGAGGGGGAGAGCAGCCGUCUGCAGGGGCUGCUGAAGCACAAGGAGCAGGAGGUGGAGGAGAUCCGGAAGGUGCGGGACCAGCUGGCCCAGGAGCGCAGUGGCCUGGCAGAGGUGAUCCGGCAGGAAUUCGUGGACAGGCUGGUGGGGACGGAGGAGGAGAACGCGCGGCUGAAGGCAGAGAUGGCAGAGCUGAGGGCACGGCAGCGCCUGGAGCUGGACAGGGGGGUGCGGGAGAAGGACAGGGAGCUGGAGGAGGUUCAUAGGAGGGUGAAGACAGCAGUGCUGAGGAAGGAGGAGAAUGUGAGCAGCCUCCGGAAGCAGUACGAGGCAGCUGUGCAGAGAGCCAACCACCUGGAAUCCCUCCUGGAGCAGCAGCGGCAGCUGGCUAUGGAGUGA